UACAGGUCUUGAACAUGUUUUCUUUAUCGUAUUAAGAUGGGGUGUGCGAGAAACCCUUUACAGGGAACUAUGCUUGUGUGCUACGUUCCUGUCCCCGAGUCACUGCUAGGGGUGCUUGCCCUGCAGAUGAACUUAGACAGUAGGUUGCUACCGUGAAAGACGGUGUUAACGUCGAUAGCUACUAUUCGUACCGUUCAGUAACCCGAAUGUCAGUCGAUAUCUGUAAAUUCGAUGGCCAGGAUGAGCAAGGUCUUCCAAUUCACGUGCCUCAGAACGUUGGACUCUUGGAAACGUAUCGAUACGUUAUGGAGGAUGCGGCAGAUCCUCGGGUAGCGGACUGGUUCUUAAUGGGUAGCCCAGUUCCAUUGUUAGGAAUUAUAUCGCUUUACCUCGCGUUUGUCCUUCGUCUUGGUCCACUUUACAUGAAGAACCGAAAGCCGUUCAACUUGAACAAGCUCAUGAUAUUUUAUAACAUUUUUAUGGCGACCGCAAGCGCUGCUGUAUUUUAUGGGCUUCUUACGUCUGGUUUCACUACGAAAUUUUCUCUGGGAUGCGAAAUUCAUGUCGUUUCGCACGAUCCUGAGUCAUAUCGCAUGGCACGAUGGAUAUGGAGGGUUUUGAUACUGAAGCUGUUCGAGUUGGGCGACACGAUAAUCUUCAUCCUCAGGAAGAAGUUCAACCAGGCUACCUUCCUCCACGUUUACCACCACACCUCCACAGUUCUUCUCUCCUGGAUAACGUGCAAAUUCGUACCAGGCGGCAUGUGGACGUUCCCGAUUAUGCCGAACUGCAUAGUGCACGUGAUUAUGUACACCUACUAUCUCCUUGCUUGCUUGGGCCCGGAGAUGCAGAAGAGGAUCGCGCCUUGGAAACAAUACAUUACAGGAUUACAAAUGAUUCAAUUUGUUAUCAUGAUAGGUCACACAUGUCAAACUUUAUUCCCUUCUUGCGAGCCGCAUCGGAAACCGGUGGCGUACAUCUACAUGUCUCAAAUUCUGACCAUGUUCUACAUGUUCUGCGACUAUUAUAAAAAAUCGUAUCUGAGAAAAAAGACGGAAUAACCUGUUUACCGAUCCGUAAAGUUCGAGGUCAUUUCGGUAAGAAUAGCGACGGGCCGCACAAAGGCCGCAAAAAAAUCGUAGAUUCCAGCUUUUGUCGCCAUCUCUUCAUUAGCUCUUCCGCCCUCGAAAGCCAGCACGCGUGUUCGCACAGCGAUAAUUCUGUGGAGAGGAGAAAGAUGAAAAAGGAGGAACGAAGAACGCCGCUGAAUGGAACGAUCGCGCUGGUAUGCAUGCGACCUGAUACGCGUCUUCCGAUGCAUCGUGCGUGGAUGAAAUGCACUAUACAGAACGAUAUCUAUCGAGGGCCGAGGAAACUAUUCCGCGAUACCAGGAUAAAAUUUGUAUUUCCAAGUCAGCUUACGUUUUUCGUUCGCCGGAAUGCUUUUAGUCGAAUACUCACACCCCGCUGCUUUUUUUCUUUCCCUUUCUUUCACCUCCGUCUCCCCCACGUGCCUGUGGAUCGAAGCGCAUCACGUUUUGUUUUGCGCGACGAAAAUCCAACAGAUUCCUUUCCGAUUCUCAAGCCACGGAUUUUCAUUUUAGUUCGGCGCAUCUGGCAGCCGACUUGUUUUUAAGCGUGCAGAAAGCCUCGGGCCGCUGCAAUAAAAAAAAACCAGCAUGCCUUUGUGUACUUCGAAUUGAGAUCGCGGUUAAAUUAAUUAAAAGCGCGCGCGCGCGUUUCAGCGAAGAUCUCGAUGAGAAUUAGGCUCGUCCCUUUCGACACGGCUCGACGCGGUUUGCCUUAAUUGAGGAUUUUCUGUAUUUUAAUGGCGCACUCUUUCGUUUCGCAUUGUCUCUUCGAGAAUUAUUUAUCGUUGGUCGGCCGAGUCAUGAAUGGCUUUCAAAGUAAUUUGAAGUUGGAAUUGCGUGUGCAAGUUUUUCGUUUUAAUAACAACUAUCGUGUUGAAUAACAAAUUCGGAUUAGAAGAGAAACUGUUUGUGACUCGAUUAGACGUUUGAAUUAAUUAUUUAAGGAGGAAGCGUGUCUGGUGAAUGUUUUUUGAAAGGUUAUUAUAUUACGUAUAGUUUUGCGUUUUGUUAAGUUAAAACUCUGUUUGUACAUUUUCAUGUUUAUAUAAAUAACUGUCAUGGUUCACUCAUUUUUUUUGUAAAUCUUCGGUUACACCGUAUCCGGCGUUACAGAAGAGAAUACUAAAAGAUUUCGUCGUAUAAAUAUUGAACAAAAUUGUUACCCGAAAUAAUAUGAUAUAUUUAUACGGCACAUGUAGUUUUUUAAUUGAUUAAAAAUGAAAAAUAUGUACAACUAAUUUGUUUCACUAGAGUGUAAAGAUUUAACGAUAUUGUAUAUGUACAGCGGAUAACGAAAGUAUUCGAACACUAGUAUAACUUCGACUGCAUAUGUUUAAAUAAAUAUACAUCGAAGGGAAAAGAUACUUUACGGGAUAUUAAAGUAUAUAAAUGUCAGAAUGCAAGGAACUUUCAAUUUAGUGUAAAGUGUUAUCUAUGUAAUUACAAAAAUAUAAAGGAACAUCGUAUUUUCAAGCAACAUAAGUAUUAGAACGCUUUAUAAAAUUCAGUCGAAAAGUUACGAAAAUAAAUUUUUUUAUUAA